AAUGUUGCGUGGGUCUCUGAUUGGUGCAAUUUUUUUUUCGUGAUUAGUGCGAUCGCAGACCACAUAUUUUAAUUUGUUGUAUCUAUGGUCCAUGCUCAAUAUAACAUAAUCGAGUGGGCUGUUUAAAUCAAAUUUUCGCCAUUAAAGAAGUGUUCUAACAAUUUAGAAUAGUGUUACACAUCAACAUGUCUACGAAAUCGAAAGUCAUCGGGCUGCAAUUAAGUGGAAAACUGGUAUCCAACGCAGUGCGGAGUUACCGCUUUUCAAAAACCUACUCGCAGCAACUGAUCCGCGUUGCCAUUCUCAACAUUAUGUACCGUCGCAUGAACAUUGACGCAUCGGAGUUCAGUUUGCAAAAUUACGAGUCGGUGCCUUAUGUUCUUUUCAAGCGCAAAUCGGCCAAUCGCAUUAUACGCUGUUUUCACGCCGUGAGCCAUGGUAUUGUCGACGCUAUCAACAAAGAAUACCUCAAAGAAGUGUACCUGAUCUUUGAAAACAAAAAGACCAGAGAAAUUGUGGAAACCUAUAGGUUUACUUUGAAAUACAACAAAGGCGGGAAGAAAUCAGAUGUAAAACGUUCUGUUGUGUCAAGCGCAACCGUAGACCUACUACAAGCGAUUUGCGAUUUACCAGCAAUGGAAAAAAUGUCCUCAGAUAUUGAAUAUGGUAUUGAGUUUCGAUACAACGACGAGGUUCCAUGCGAAUACCAACCUCCAUAUUUUGGGCCGGGUUCCAACCCCUGCGGUAUUAAUUUUCGCGAUUUGUCAGACAACAUAAUAAUUUUGGGAACCGCAAACACGGGGUUUCACAAACUAUCUUGUUACGCUACUGGAAAAAUUUUCAGUCUUACAACUUCCGAAGCCGCAAGUUCUGAAUGUAUUACGGGGACUGCGCCCAAAAUAGCUAACGUCGUUAAUAUAGUAGAUGAUAGUGAUGAGGUUUUAGAAGAGGAAACUGUUCGAAAUUCCGAGAAAGAGCGGGAAUCGUGCGAAUAUUUGACGCCGGAAAUAUUCCCAACCGAGCAAACAAACGAUAUCGAGUUAGAGGAAAGCAGUGAGGAUGACCGCUUCGAUGAACAAACAACAAAAUAUCCAUCGCCUGCAAAUGGAGCUGACGGUCCAUCUUCCGCCAAGCGAUCGAGAAUGACAAGCGACAUUAAUAGCAUAGAAAGUUACGAAAUCAUCUCUAUAAGAUCGGAGGAACUGAUAGAGUGUCCCUGUUUGUGGAACCUCUGCAAGUACGCCUUCGAAACCAUCGAGUGCCCGUUUUGCCAGCGGCGGGUUCAUCAGGUGUGCCACGGCUACUUGCGCCCCGAAUCGCUCAGCCCCGAUUCUUUUCAGUGUUGGAAGUGUACGCCACACAAGUCGCAGGAUUGGGUGUUCUUCUGUCGCAUAAGGGCACUCGUUGCCAUAGCCAACGCGACCGACACUUUUCCAUUGGAAUUACUGGACUCUGUGCCGAUUGACGAAAAAGAAGCGAUCCUACGCAAGUUGAAUGCCUUGAUGAUACUGACCACGUCCGACGUGCACAAGUCCUGCGUCAUCAACAAGGAUCGGUUGGAAAAGAGUUUGAUGUGUCUGUUUGUGCAAUAAACUAAUCUUCGUUCUAAUGUAGUUGCUAUCGUUGGUUUUUCGUUCGAAAUAAAUUUUGUUGCAUUG